AUAUUCACACAUAAACUCACACACACACACAGACACAGUUUCACAAAAGAAAAAAAGGGAAAAAUAAAUUAUCACCCGUUUUUUUUUCACACGUGUCGUAAGCACGCGAAGAAAUAAAAAAAAACCGAAUUCCAGAAAAACCUAUUUAUUUAUAUAUUUAUAUAUAAAUUAUUUUCUAGUAAUAUUCAUGCGUAAGCGCAAUCGUGUAAACAACUUUAAAAUCACAAUCGUCUGAAAUUUUCCCUUUUCUCACGUAAGAUAGCGCUGGGAGUGAAAAAUUCUUGUUUACAAAUAAAUGUCAAAUGUCAAACGUGAGAAUCAUUUUUGUUUCCAAAAAAAAAAAGGGAAUUCGGUGAAUUUUAAAAAAGAGCAGGUAUUUUUUUCUAAUUAUCAGAAUAUUAUCAAGAAUUUCAAAUCAAUGUCUAAUUAUGAAGAAAAUACCAGGAUUGAAUUUUAAAGAUUUCAAGCAUGUUUUGGAGAAAUUGAAAGAAUUAACAACCCUAAGUGGAUCUAAAGUGUCAAAAUUAUUAAACCAGCAAGAAAUGGAAGCGCUACCAAGACACGAAGCUCUAGAACCAAUUUGCUGGCUAGAAGGAACAUGGACAACGAAAAAUGCCGGAAAAGGAAAAUUUCCAACGAUAAGUCCUUUCGAAUAUAACGAAAAAAUGUCAUUCAGUUCAGUUGGCCAACCAAUGUUUAAUUACAAAUCAGAAACCUGGCAUCCUGAGACAAAAAAGCCACUUCAUUAUGAAACUGGAUUUCUAAAAAUAAUUCCAAAUACAAAUAAAUUAAAUUUUCUCUUGGCUCACAAUUUUGGAGUGACGACAAUUGAAGAAGGCGAAGUUUGCGAUAAAAAAAUAAUACUGACAAGUCUCUCUGUCGAAAGACCGAGAGAGGGUACAAAACCACCGAAAGUCCUUCAGACAAAACGAGAAAUCACGCUGGUCGAGGAUAAUUGUCUAGAAUAUGUUUUCUACAUGUCAACGGAAAAAACACCAGAAUUAAUGGAACAUUUGAGAACAAUUUAUCAUAAACAAUAAACAAUUUUGGUCAGAGAAAAAAAA